CCGAGCUCCACACACCGAUCCGCGGGGUGCUGGAGCGGGGCGCUCCGCUGGAAGUGGACUUCAGAGAGCCUUGCUCAGAGGAGAGGUAACGGUGCCGCCGCGACAGGACGCCAGCUGAGUGCUUCCUCCUGCAUGCUCCGUGCGCACCUGGCCGUCCGAGCGCGCGCGCUGCACACGGAGCGGAUCACCCGGAUCGGAGUCCUCUUCACCUCCGCACCUGCCGCCGAUUGUCCCGGUAAACCCGAACCCGCACGCCUCGGAGGGAGAUGCGGAGAGGCUCUCUGACUUGCGCUGCUCCCUCCUGAGCGCCUGGCUGGAAGCGUAGCCGCCGUGUCCCGAGGAGGAUGCCGAACAGAUACUGGAGCUGUGAGUGAAAACAUAAAGAAGUGUCCAGGUGCAAAUCUCCACCUCUGGCAGUCAUGAGGAAUAGAGGGCUGAAGACACAGUCCUGAAGAUUGAUGGAGGGCCAUGCUAUUCAAACAGCAGGCAUUGCUGAGACAGAAGCUCUUCGUUCUGGGCAGCCUCGCUAUCGGAAGUGUCCUCUAUCUCGUGGCCAGGGUUGGGACCUUGGAUAGGCUACAGCCCAUCUGCCCAAUUGAGAGCAGACUGCCCCCUCCUGAGCCAGAGCAAAUCCCUCUCCGUACUCUGCAGUUUAAGCGUGGCCUGCUCCAUGAACUGCGCAAGGGCAAUGCCACCAAAGAGCAAAUCCGCCUGCACAACCUGGUCCAGCAGCUGCCUCGGGCCAUCAUCAUCGGGGUGCGCAAAGGGGGCACCCGCGCCCUGCUGGAGAUGCUCAACCUGCAUCCGGCAGUGGUCAAGGCCUCGCAGGAGAUCCACUUCUUUGACAAUGACCAAAACUAUGCCCGGGGCAUCGACUGGUACAGAGAGAAAAUGCCCUUCUCCUUCCCUCAUCAGAUUACCAUUGAGAAGAGCCCUGCCUACUUCAUCACAGAGGAGGUCCCCGAACGCAUCUUCAAGAUGAAUUCCUCGAUCAAGCUGCUGAUCAUCGUCCGCGAGCCCACCACCAGAGCUGUGUCCGACUACACGCAAGUGCUGGAGGGCAAGGAGCGCAAAAACAAGACCUACCACAAGUUUGAGAAGCUGGCCAUCGACUCCAACACCUGCGAGGUGAACACGAAGUACAAAGCGGUGCGGACCAGCAUCUACACCAAACACUUGGAGCGCUGGCUGAAGUACUUUCCCGUGGAGCAGUUCCACAUCGUGGACGGGGACCGCCUCAUCACAGACCCGCUGCCGGAGCUGCAGCUCGUCGAGCGUUUCCUCAACCUCCCCUCGAGGAUCAGUCAGUACAACCUGUACUUCAAUGCCACCAGGGGAUUUUACUGUCUGCGAUUUAACAUUGUCUUCAACAAGUGCCUGGCAGGCAGCAAAGGCCGCAUCCAUCCAGAGGUGGACCCAUCAGUGGUGACUAAACUGCAGAAGUUCUUUCACCCCUUCAAUCAGAAGUUUUACCAGAUCACUGGUAGGACAUUCCACUGGCCAUGAUCAGCUUUGAACUCCUUCAAUGAGAUUCCUUGGAUUUUUUUAAAUGCCAAGUGACAAGAUCUCAAAAGAUAUUAAUAGCACUUUGAUUGAAUUUAAUACGAGAAUGACAGUGUGACCAAAUAUAAAAGGAACUUGAUGUAAGUUUGUUUUUACCCGUGCGGAAAUAAAACAAAAUAGUUUGAUGGUUUGACGAAACGAUUCAGUUCAAAACGCUUCAUCCUGCAAAUUCAUUCACCUGUCUGUCACUGUUCCCCACCAAGAGAAAAAAGCCAGUGCUGAGCUGUGUGAUUAACUGAAGAGAUUAUUUUUGUUGCUCUUUAAAAGACUAUCAAACACCGACAUUCAUGCUGUUAAGAUAAGCUUUAAGUGUGAUGCUUUUCUCAUGAUAAAACACCUUAAAAGAUGAUAUUUGAUCUAAAUUGUUCAUUUGUUCCCCAUCAUGUUGUUUAUUUGCCCAACGUUGCAUGUGCAAUCGAGAUGCCAUUAUAACAUCCUAGACUCUGUAUUAGUUGUCUUCUGUUGUCAGUUCAUAUUGUUUUUCAGCACAUUUUGUUCUUAAUUCACGCUGUGAUGAAUCCAUUAGAAGGUGACCCCUUUCAAUUCUCCACACCACACCCAGUCUGAAGAUCAGAACCGGCUCAUCACGAUAGGAUCUAGUGUUUCAAGCUUGACUCAAACCAUUUACAAAAAGCAUUUACGACUCAAGCUUGUGUUUUUAAUGUAAGUACGUUGUUUCCUCCCCCCCACCAGCUUUUUCAUUGGUUUGCGAAAUAUCUGGCAGAAAAACCAUAGUGGAAAAAAAAAGUUGUCCUCUGAUGAUUCUUGUCAAACCGAUUGUUUAUGAUGAUUAACAAAAUUUGUCUGUUUCUGUGCAAAUAUUCAUUCUGUAUCAUAAGUGUGUUGUUAAAAAAGGUGGAAUUAAAAGAACAUGUAAACAUUUGUCAGCAGAUUUAUUGUUUCCUUCUCUUUUGCCACUGAAAUGAAUAGUAACUGCAUUUUGGGUCA